AUGUCCCAGAGCCAGCCCGCGCUGCCUGCGCAGAGCCCGAGCCGCCUCUUGGCCCUCAGGAGCCGCGUGAAGGGGAAGGAGAGGGCUUCAGUUGCAGAUGAUGGCAGCAGCGAAGGAGAGGUUGCAACCGCCCGUUCGCAAGACCUCAGCUUGCCAAGUCGGACAAAGUCGUCCUCGUCUGCGGCGCGGCUCAAAUCCCCCGCAGCGACGUCUCGUACGAGAGAUGAUGAUUCCCCUUUUAUCACACCGCGUUCGCCUCCUCUAGGACCGAGACGCGUUGAGUUGCAACGGCUCUUCCGAGGCAACCAAUCCAUGCACGCCGGAACGCAGACGUUGAUACAAGCAUUGCAAGCAAUGCCCUGGGCGGAAUAUCAGGACGAUGAUGAUGAACCACCGCAGAAUGACGCACCCAUGGAUUCUUCCAGUGACGAGGAUGAUCGACGUGGAAACCAAUUGGCCUCCUCAAUACAUACUAUAUACCGACCGCUCGCGCGCUCUAAGCGUGGCAAGCUGCCUACGCUGUAUUCUCCACCCAGGAGCCCAUGCCUUGAACCUGUGACUGACAGAGAGGAGACACCACAUCUAGAAGAGGCUGUAGUAUCAGACGAAGAACUGCAAGACGACUUCGAAACACCGGAUGACGCUGCGGAUGUGAUGUGCGGUCAGCCUGCGCCCGUAGACCAGCCAUCUUUCCCCGAUCAAUCCACCCUUGAGAUACAUAGACAUCCGCCUGCACGCUCUGGAAGCAUGGGCACGGUCAAGAUACAGCGCAGGUCGCGACUAGCUGAAAAGCUCAGAGACAUUUUCGAACUGCAGGGCAUCCAAGAGGUCGUUGCAGAGAUGCCUUGUUGGCUCCUGCGGUCAAUACUAUUACAGGGAUAUAUGUACCUCACUGAUUCCUACCUGUGCUUCUUUGCACAUAUGCCUUCGAAAGAGGAUCAAGUCCUGAAGUCCGGCUCGAUGUCCAAGAGGGCACAACGUACCAAGCGCUGGAUCCGUCAUUGGUUUGUUCUGAAGAACGACGCUCUCUCUUGGUAUCAGUCACCAUCGGACCCAUAUUUUCCCCACGGCAUCAUAGACCUGCGGUACGCAGUUUCAUGUGAACCGCUCGAACAGAUGGACAUACGUAUUCGGACAAAUCAGAAGACGAUUAGGCUAUCCGCUGAAUCCAUGCCGAACCGAGAUGAAUGGGUCAAGGCUAUCCGCAAAGUCAUGUUCAGAGCGCAGAACAUGGGCGACAGUGUGAAGAUCGCGAUUCCAUAUACAGCCAUCGCGGACGUUGAGAGGUCGUCGGCGAUAGAUUUCAGCGAGACUAUAGAGGUCAAGGUCAUGGACAGAGACCAUCCUUCAUCGACGGACUCCUAUUUCUUUGCCUACUUCCGAGACCUCCCGUCUGCCCUCGAGCAGAUCCGCGAUGUUGUACGCGCAUCCAGAGGGAUCCCGACGGACUCGCGUAUCCCUUCAGUUAUCGACACGACCAUUAGCAAACCAGUUACGCCGCCUCCAAUCACAUCCCGGACACAAAGCACGACGUUCAUGGACCAGCUACCUAAGUCGCCGUCCGGCUUCAGGAUACCUUCUAUACUACGUCCUCUGCAAGACUCGCUACCACGCGUUCGAGCGACUGUACCUCCCGGUCGGGCGACAUCCCUUGAUGGGGAAGACAGCGAAGACUACACCCACGUUGCCAAGAGAGGGUCAUCGACCUUCAUGGCCAUCACCACAUCCCCUACGUCGAGUACUCUGCCUGAAGAUCGAGGUUUACCACCUCCUGAAGGUAGUUCCUCAUCUCCGCCAAAUACGGCACUUCAUACGUACCCGCCCUCACCUUCCUCUUCGCCUACAAUGUCAGACAUCACAACGCCAUCCAAGGAUGGUGGUUCGUGGAUGGUCGGUGUGCCCUCCUGGCUGAGGAUGCCAUCCAUUCCUUCGCGGCGAACCCUCACAAGUGCAUUCGGCAUCAGAUCGGGUGAAACUCGCAGUAUGCCGGAGAGCGAGGGUGUCUCAGAGGUUCUCUCGUCAAACACUGGAACCGGUAGCCGUAUGUCCGCCAGUAGCAGCGGUCCAAACGAUUUUGGCUACUUCAGCGUUCUGGAGGCGCCUACAACACUCGAUGGCGAUAGCAUUGAGAAGUUCCGAUCCGCAUUCGCACUUGAUGAGAAGGAGACAUUACUUGGCGUGUUCCCCGGAUAUAUCUACCGCCUGCUUCCCGUCUAUGGACGCUUGUAUGUGUCUACCAAUUUCUUCUGCUUCAAGAGCAGCGGACCAUUGACCACACGAACAAGGAUGAUCCUUCCUAUACGAGACAUUUUGUCUACAGAAAUGUCUAAAGCGUUCCAUUUCGGCCAUUAUGGGCUGGUCAUCGUCGUCAGGGGGCAUGAAGAGCUGUUCUUCGAGUUCGGCGACGAAGAACGCCGCGCAGCUUUCGCAUCGCUUCUUGAGCGGCAGAUGGAGGAUGAAAGGCGUCGAUCACCCGGGACCGACACGAGUAGCUCGACACCAGGACGUCACGAUACGCUCAUCCUGGAUGAAGUUGGGCCUCGGCUUCCCUCGGAUACUGCAAAGAAGGCUAUGUAUGACGGAUCGAUGUCUGAAUCACUGCCUGCAGUCAUGUUCAACUCUGCGUCUUCUACAUUCCUCACGUUCAAGCCGGACAAAUCGUUACACUUCACCUUCUUGACCAUUGGUUCUCGAGGAGAUGUUCAGCCGUAUAUCGCAUUGGCAAAGGGCUUGAUGAAGGAUGGCCAUCGCUGCCGGAUUGCGACUCAUGGAGAGUUCAAGGAUUGGAUUGAAGCCCACGGAAUCGAGUUCGGCUACGUUGGCGGGGACCCGGCAGAACUCAUGCGGAUUUGCGUGGAGAAUGGGACGUUCACCGUCGCGUUCCUGAAGGAGGGUAUGCUCAAGUUUCGCGGGUGGAUCGAGGACUUGCUCAAGACCUCAUGGGAAGCCUGCCAAGGCACAGAUGUCCUUAUUGAAAGCCCCAGCGCGAUGAGCGGCUAUCAUAUAGCGGAAGCACUUGGUAUACCGUACUUCCGAGCGUUCACCAUGACAUGGACUCGCACACGAGCCUACCCGCACGCGUUUGCCGUGCCUGAACACAAGUCAUUUGUGUUGUUUGACCAAGUCUUCUGGCGGGCGACGGCAGGUCAAAUUAAUCGUUGGAGACGGGACACUCUAGGUCUUGGCAGCACAAGCCUCGAUAAGAUGGAACCGCACAAGAUGCCUUUCCUAUAUAAUUUCAGUCCUGUCAUUGUUCCGCCGCCUCUCGACUGGCCGGAAUGGAUUCACGUUACGGGAUACUGGUUCCUGGACGACGCCGACGUUAGCUCCAAGAAAUGGUCACCUCCAGCCGAUCUUAUCAUCUUCCUCGAUUCCGCUCGCAAAGCCCAGAAGAAAGUCGUCUAUAUCGGCUUUGGUAGCAUUGUCGUGUCUGAUCCCAAGUCAAUGACCCGUUGCGUAAUUGACGCUAUAGUUCGAAGUGGUGUCUACGCUAUUCUCUCAAAGGGAUGGUCAGACCGACUUGUGGAUGCUACCGAUGUUGCGGAGCCCGAGGAGCCUCUACCGAAGCAGAUCUACCCCAUCGCGUCCAUUCCACACGACUGGCUAUUCCAACGCGUCGACGCAGCAUGCCAUCAUGGUGGUGCUGGAACGACUGGAGCUAGUCUACGAGGUGGUAUUCCUACCAUCAUCAAGCCAUUCUUUGGCGAUCAAUUCUUUUGGGCCGAUAGGGUGGAGGCCCUUGGCAUCGGUACUGCUGUGCGCAAGUUGACUGUGGAGAGCCUCACUCAAGCCCUGGUCACCGCGACGACCGAUCAGAAGCAAAUCACUCGUGCCAAAGCUGUUGGAGAGAAGAUACGUGCGGAGGACGGAGUUGGGACUGCGAUAGAAGCCAUUUACCGCGAUCUUGAAUAUGCUAGAUCCUUGGUCAAAGGGGCCGCCGCAGAUGACCUGCAGGAUGACGACGGCCUUGACGCUGAGCAUGCUACUAUCCGUGAUCAUCGUCAAUCUUUGCCGUCUCCCGAAUACUCCGGUGCACGAUCAGGCAGCAGUUCCAUCAGCUCCGCUCAAGACUCUCCGAGCGACUGGAGUGUCAUAUCCGAUCAGGAGUGA